AUGCCUUCAAUCGAUGUAGCAGGGCCCGCCGAAGCCACACUUCUUUUACAAUCAGCACCCCCUAAAGCGGAAGCAAAUGCCACAUUCACCUCCUUCGAUCCCCGGGAAGCCACCAUCGCGUCGGUGCAGCACGCCAUCUUCCACCAGGCGAUCUCGUGCCGCACCAUCGUCCAAUCCUUCCUUGACCGCAUCGCAGCCUACGACAAGCAAGGGCCCUACAUCAACGCUAUCAUCACCACAAACCCGCAUGCCCUGGUCUAUGCUGACGAGCUUGAUACGAAGUUACAGCAGCCGGGCUUCGUCCCGGGCGUGCUGCAUUGCGUGCCAAUGGUCUUGAAGGAUAACUAUGACACGUUCGACAUGCCGACUACUGGGGGGAGUCUCAGCUUGAAGGGGGCACAACCUGCUGCUGAUGCUUCGGCUACCGAGAGGAUACGAGACGCUGGCGCCGUCAUCCUCGCGAAAGCGAAUCUGCAUGAAUUCGCUAUCGCCGGUCUUACGAUCUCAAGUAUACUAGGGCAGACCAAAAAUCCGUAUGAUCUGACUCGCACACCUGGAGGAUCCAGUGGUGGGACCGGGGCAAGCGUCGCGGCCUCUUUCGCCGUCAUGGGCACCGGCACGGAUACGGUGAACUCCAUCCGCUCGCCCACAUCUGCCAACUCCCUCGUUGGCAUCCGCCCGACUCGUGGAUUGGUCUCCCGGGACGGCAUUGUCCCGCUGUCAUACACUCAAGACGCGAUCGGUCCUCUAGCGCGAACCGUGUUCGAUGCUGCGACGCUGCUAGGCGUAAUGGCGGGUUAUAACCCUGCUGAUAACGUGUCAGCGCUGGGUGUGGGUCAUGCAGAGGACUAUGCGUCCUAUGCUUUGCGCGGAGCGCGCAACGAGUCGUUAUUGCAGGGACUCCGUAUUGGCAUCAUCGACAUCCUCAUUAACCAGACGGAAAGUGACCCGGAGGUGUACGCGGUUAACAAAGUAUUCAAUGCUACUCUGGCUACGUUGGAGCAGGCGGGGGCGAUCCUGCUUCACGUUACGGACCCAACAUUGGACAUCUCGCACCUCUCAGCCGUAUUCGACGUCCAGAUCUACGAAUUCCGCGCCGAGCUGGACACCUACCUCGGAAACUACAACGGCAGUGUCCCGGCGACGAGCCUUGACGAGAUCGUCUCGCAGAACCUGUACGAGAAGGGAGACGCGGCCACGGGAGCCUUCAUGCGCAACGCGACUGUCCCUUUGAAUAACGAGACUAACCCCGAGUACUUCACCCGCCGCUCGGGCAUCGACGGUUUGCGCACCCAGUUGGCGCUGCGGUUCGCGGAGCAGGAGUUGGACGUCAUGUUCUAUCCGCAUCAGAACCGGCUUGUCGUGCCCAUCGGCUCGCCCAGUCAGAUUGGCAGGAACGGUCUGGUAGCGGCGUUGACUGGCCUUCCAGCGAUUGGGGUGCCUGGAGGGUUCAGCGACCCGAGUGGGACGGCGCCGAUGGGCGUCCCGGUUGGUGUGGAGUUUAUGGGCAGGCCGUUCGAGGAAGGGAAGCUGGUGGAAAUUGCUGCUGCGUUUGAGAGGUUGGCGAGGGCGAGGCGGCCCCCCCUGAGCACUUGGAAAAGUGUUUAG